GACACCGGCGCCCACACCACAACAUGACUUUCACCAGGGUGCUGCAAGUCACGGCUCUGCUCCUGAUGCAAGGGCAUUUUCCAGGGGCUGGCAGUGAAACCAUAACUCUAAAGGAAGGAGAGGACCUCAAUCUGCGCUGCACGCUCAGCGGUGACAAGGGUUCUGCCCGGCAGUGGUUAAACCCUCAUGGGUUUGCCAUUUUUCUAAACACCGAGCGGGCUUUAAGAGAUGAGAGGUACAAACUUAUCCAUUAUUCAGAGGAUGAAUUAUCCAUCCAACUGUCUAAUGUAACAGUGCACGAUGAAGGCGUAUAUAAAUGCUUCUACUAUGGCACUCCAUUCCAAAGCGAGAACAAGACCGUCAAGGUUUUAGCUGCUCCUUCUAACCCAGUAGUGGAAGUAUCCCAAGACACAGGAAGAAGCAUUACACUGUAUUGCCAUACCCAAGGAUGUAAUCCACAGUCCCAGAUUACCUGGCUGCUGGACAACGGGAUAGAGCUCCCUGGUGACACUAAGCACAAGUUAGAAGCUGAUGGGAAGAAAUGGACCACAACCAGCACGCUGAGAGUCCUGGCCUAUGGGCCCAAUUCGACAGUGAGCUGCGUCGCCCGCCACCAAGCACUAGGAGAAGAGAAGCUGAUGGCAUCUUUCCGGUUUGAGGAUCUCCCUAGGCUGGUGACAAAUCCUGCACCAGCAGUGCCAGAGGCGGAUACACGUGUCUCUGAGAACAAGCAAUCUACAGUGACCACAGCACAGUCAGAUCUGAACUGCAGCACGGCCUCCGCUCCAAGCUCCCCACAACACACUGGAUCCGACCAACCAACCAUCCCUUCUGCAGUGCCAGAGGAUCCAGUAGUAACUAAGUCAAUGUCAACACCAACCCGGCAAAUCCUCCAACCCGAUGUCACAUCUACGUGGUCUGAAGUAACAUCAGCUGCAGCAGGAGAGGAAGAAUUGGCUGGUUCAUCGAGUUACCACGUCCCCAACGGGACUGAAACAGCAUUAUUCAGUGGCAAUGUCACAGAAGAGGAACUUUCCAGCACAGAAGCCUCACUACCAAGUGAAAAUGCAACUGUGAUUUCCAUCGUCACCUUCGAGCAAGAUCUGAAGUCUGAAGGCAUCAAAAAGAAACAGAGUAACCUCCUGCUGCCAAUCUUGGUGGCUGCUCUGAUUUUCGUGCUGCUCGUCAUUGUCCUGCUUUUUAUGUGGAAGCUGAAAAAAGCUCAUGGAGUGUGGAAAAGAGAAAAUGAUGCUUCAGAGCAGACACUAGAAAGUUAUAAAUCCAAAUCUAAUGAAGACAGUCCAGGCCACGAGAAGAAUGGACAAGUUGCCAAUCAGAAGUCCAACGUGCAAUACGUAACAGAAGAACGUGUGGAAACAGCGCAGAAGAAUCCAAGAGACAAAAACAUGGCAAUCAGUGAGAAGCUGUUCAGAUGUGGGAGGGAAACGAACGUGUAGCAACGGACAGAAACACCACUGUUCCCUGAUACUGAUCAUCCAGCCUUCAGAUGUCAGAAUGAUUUCAAGGAGCAGAAGUACAGUCAGCAACCCUCAAUCCAAAAAACAAUUGGGACUGCUUUUCCUUAAGCUGUGGGGCAGGUAGAUGGGACUG